CAAGACUUUGCGUCCUUACGCAGCAUGAGCAGUAUAAAACCGUGCCUGUUGACGUAAACACUCUCUUCCCUGCCUAUGCCCUCGAGAGGUGGGCAGUGUAAAAUUUUGUGCCUCUUUUUCCACGAAGCGAAUCCUUAACCAUCCGUCAAAAUGGUGAACUUUACCGUAGACCAAAUCCGUGCCAUCAUGGACAAGAAGUCCAACAUCCGUAACAUGUCUGUGAUUGCGCACGUCGACCAUGGUAAGUCCACCCUGACAGACUCACUAGUGUCGAAGGCUGGUAUCAUCGCAGGAUCCCGUGCUGGAGAGACCCGUUUCACCGACACACGAAAGGACGAGCAGGAGCGCUGCAUUACCAUCAAGUCAACUGCCAUCUCCAUGUACUACGAACUCUCUGAGAAUGACAUGGCCUUCAUCAAGCAGUGCAAAGAUGGCGUUGGGUUUCUCAUCAACCUGAUUGACUCUCCAGGCCACGUUGACUUCUCCUCUGAGGUCACAGCCGCUCUCCGUGUCACUGAUGGAGCCCUGGUUGUUGUGGACUGCGUGUCAGGUGUGUGUGUGCAGACAGAGACCGUGCUCAGGCAGGCCAUUGCUGAGCGUAUCAAGCCCGUGCUGAUGAUGAACAAGAUGGACCGGGCCCUACUUGAGCUGCAGCUGGAGCCAGAAGAUCUGUUCCAGACCUUCCAGCGCAUCGUGGAGAAUGUCAACGUGAUCAUUGCCACUUACGGAGAGGAUGAGAGUGGUCCCAUGGGCGCUAUCAUGAUUGACCCGGUCAUUGGAACUGUUGGCUUUGGGUCAGGACUCCACGGAUGGGCCUUCACCCUGAAGCAGUUUGCUGAAAUGUACGUGAUGAAGUUUGCUGCCAAGGGUGAUGCACAACUAGGGCCUGCAGAGCGCUGCAAGAAGGUGGAGGACAUGAUGAAGAAGCUGUGGGGUGAAAGGUUUUUCGACCCAGCCACUGGCAAGUUCAGCAAGUCUGCCAACGGACCUGAUGGAAAGAAGCUCCCCCGUACUUUUUCUCAGCUCGUCCUAGACCCCAUCUUCAAGGUGUUUGACGCCAUCAUGAACUUCAAGAAGGAGGAGACUGCCAAGUUGAUAGAGAAGCUGGACAUCAAGCUGGACAAUGAGGACAAGGAGAAGGAGGGCAAGCCCUUGCUGAAGGCUGUGAUGCGUCGCUGGCUGCCAGCCGGAGAGGCCCUGCUCCAGAUGAUCACCAUCCACCUGCCCUCCCCCGUCACGGCCCAGAAGUACCGUUGUGAGCUGCUCUAUGAAGGACCUGGUGACGAUGAAGCUGCCAUGGGUAUCAAGAACUGCGACCCCAAGGCUCCCUUGAUGAUGUACAUCUCCAAGAUGGUGCCCACCACCGACAAGGGUCGCUUCUACGCCUUUGGCCGAGUCUUCUCUGGCUGCGUGUCUUCUGGCCAAAAGGUGCGCAUUAUGGGACCAAACUUCACCCCUGGAAAGAAAGAGGACCUCUACCUCAAACCAAUUCAGAGGACCAUUCUGAUGAUGGGACGUUACAUUGAGCCCAUCGAGGACGUGCCUUGCGGCAACAUUGUUGGUCUGGUUGGAGUAGACCAGUACCUGGUGAAGACCGGGACCAUCACUACCUUCGAGCAGGCCCACAACAUGAGGGUGAUGAAAUUCAGUGUCAGCCCUGUGGUGAGAGUGGCUGUGGAGGCCAAGAACCCUGCUGACCUACCUAAGCUGGUGGAGGGCCUGAAGCGUCUAGCCAAGUCUGACCCCAUGGUGCAAUGUAUCAUCGAGGAGUCUGGAGAGCACAUUAUCGCUGGAGCCGGUGAGCUGCAUCUGGAGAUCUGCCUCAAGGAUCUGGAGGAGGACCAUGCCUGCAUUCCACUGAAGAAAUCCGACCCGGUGGUUUCCUACAGGGAGACUGUGUCUGAGGAGUCUGACCAGAUGUGCCUGUCCAAGUCCCCCAACAAACACAACCGUCUGUACAUGAAAGCCCGUCCCUUCCCCGACGGCCUGGCUGAGGACAUCGAAAAGGGUGACGUCAGUGCCAGACAGGAACUGAAGGUCCGUGCCCGUUUCCUGGCCGACAAGUACGAGUGGGAUGUGUCUGAGGCCCGUAAGAUCUGGUGCUUCGGCCCCGACGGUACCGGCCCCAACCUGCUGAUGGACGUGACCAAGGGAGUCCAGUACCUGAACGAGAUCAAGGACAGCGUGGUGGCUGGCUUCCAGUGGGCUGUCAAGGAGGGUGCCCUGUGCGAGGAGAAUAUGCGUGCUGUCCGCUUUGACGUCCAUGAUGUGACCCUCCACACAGAUGCUAUCCACCGGGGUGGUGGUCAGAUCAUUCCCACAGCCCGCAGAGUGCUAUAUGCAUGCCAGCUUACAGCUCAGCCAAGACUCAUGGAGCCUGUCUACCUGGUGGAGAUUCAGUGUCCUGAGCAGGUGGUGGGAGGCAUCUAUGGUGUGCUGAACAGGAAGCGCGGUCAUGUUUUCGAGGAGUCCCAGGUCAUGGGGACCCCCAUGUUCAUCGUCAAGGCUUACCUGCCUGUCAACGAGUCCUUCGGUUUCACAGCAGACCUGCGUUCCAACACCGGUGGCCAGGCCUUCCCCCAGUGUGUGUUUGACCACUGGCAGAUCCUCCAGGGAGAUCCCCAGGACUCAUCCACCAAGAUUUCCCAGAUUGUGGCUGACACACGUAAACGCAAGGGGCUCAAGGAGGGAAUUCCUGCAUUGGAUAACUACCUGGACAAAUUGUAAAAGGCUACCCUCUCAUUCCCCCCCACCCCAACACAGACCAGAACUGUACAGAUCACCAUGGGCACAAACAUUUUCCAUAAGGAAAGCAAAGACCUUAUCAAGAUAAACAAUUAGGAAGAAUUGUAAACAUAAAUUAAAUAAAAAUGGAAAAUAUAAACUGGUUCGACAUUCUUUGGAGAGGGUUGUAAGGACCGGACAUUUGUGUGCGGACUGCUGUUGCGAUUACCGGUAACACAGGUGGAUCGAUAUAUAUACACAUUUCAUACACUUGAGUAUACAAAACAUGAAGAACACCCACUCUUUCCAUGGCUCUGACCAGGUGAAAACUAUGAUCCCUUAUUGAUGUCACUUAAUAAUCGACUUCAAUCUGCUGCUCACAAGUGGAGCAGCAGAUUGAUGUCACUUAAUGAUCGACUUCAAUCCCCUGCUCCCAAGUGGCGCAGCGGUCUAAGGCACUGCAUCUCAGUGCUAGAGGUGUGAAUACAGACCCUGGUUCCAUUCCAGGCUGUAUCACAACCGGCCGUGAUUGGGAGUCCCAUAGGGCUGUGCACAAUUUGCCAGGGUAGGCAGUCAUUGUAAAUAAGAAUUUGUUCUUAACUGACUUGCCUGGUUAAAUAAUUGGAGAAGACUAGUUAAAGAAUGAUUUUUAAGUCUUGAGAUAUGGGUAAGACAAAAUAUAUAACUGCCUUUGAAAGGAGUGUGGUAAUUCCAGGUGUACUGGUUUAUCAAGAAUUGCAGCGCUGCUGGGUUUUUCCAUAAGUUACGUGUGUAUCAAGAAUGGUCCACCAUCUAAAGGACAUCAGCCAACUUGACAACUGGAAGUGUUAGUCCACAUGGGCCAGCAUCCCUGUGGAAAGCUUUCCGCAUCUUGUAGUCAUUCCCUGAUAAUUGAGUGUUCUGAAGGUGUGGGGUGCACAACUCAAAAUUAGGAAGACGUUCCUGAAUGUUUGGUAUACUACACUGAACAAAAAUAUAAAAGCAACAUACAAUUAAAUAUUUUGCUGAGUUAUAGUUCCUAUAAUAUCGGUCAACUUUAAAUAAAUGAAUUAGUCCUUAAUCUAUGGAUUUCACAUGACUGGGAAUAUCGAUAUGCAUCUGUCAUUCAGAUUCCUUUAUUUUUUAAAAGGUAAGCGUGGAUCAGAAAACAAGUUAGUAUCUGGUGUGCCCAUUUGCUUCAUGCAGCUUGACAUCUCAAUCAUGGACACUCUACAGUUGCUAUGCGUGAUGUAUUGUCUCUACCUUGCCUUUGUGCUGUUGUCUGCCCAAUAUUUGUACCAUAUUUGCAUGUGGUGUUUCUAUCAUGUGUUGUCUUAGGUCUCUUUAUGUGGUGUCUGUGUUUUGUCCUAUAUAUAAAUGUUUUUAUUUUCCUAUGCAUAGACAUGCUCUGCUUCCCCCUAAACCAAGGUUCUGGAAUGAUCAACCAGUGCUUUAGUUUUGUUUUACAUGCCAGUCGAUAUGAAUAGAUUGCUCAAAAAAAUAAAGGGAACACUUAAACAACA